AUGGCUUUCUUACCCGAUUCAAGCAGUACGGUAGUUAGGCGGCAGUGGCCUUUUAACUCUCAGUCUACCGCUGCUGCACGCCCAUGGACGUCGCCUCGCCCCGUCUUGCCCCAGCCGUCUCCUCCUGGUAGUGCUUCUACCAUGGAUGAACCGAGCAGUAGCUCUGAAGCCCCUCGCCCUCCCCUUCCACGAGUGGCUGUCCCCACCUUCCCGGAGAGUAUGCGCCCGCAGGGACAGACGAAACGCAACGCGGAUGGUGAGACACCAUCCCCUCGCCAUCGUAUGACGAAGAAGGUGCGUCACGGGAUCACUGUGAAGGAAAAGCUGCACUGGCUGAAGAUGCAAGAUGCUCAGCCCGAUCUUGGGAAUCGCGCCCUGGCGAAGCUCACGAAGGUGCAGCCCUGCCAGAUCCGCGACUGGAAGAAGCUAAGGGAACGGCUGGAGGUCGCAUCUAGCUGCCGCCGUCGCCUCGUGGGCGUGGUGGUCCGUGCAAAAGAGAAGGGGUGGAUGGACGAAUCUCUUGUGCAGGACUGGAUCACCCAGGACAAGGGUGAGGUGGAGGUCCUUGACGACGUCAACGACCUCGUCGACGACGAGGUCGUCGUCAACCCGUUCUACGCCGAGGCCCCCGUGCCGCCCAAGGAGCUGCAGGCGGCAGAGGAGGAUGACGCCGCAGAGGAGGCAGCGGAGGCAGUAGAGGAGGAGUGGAACGCGCCUGAAGAAGGUGGUGAGGCGGGAGAGUGCAACGAUGACGAUGAUGACUGGUGGCGCCCUGGCCGCUACGACGGAGAGGAGUGUGAAGAGUGGAACGCAGGGGCCGAUGUGGAGGAGGAGUAG